CUCCAUUCCCAGCCUUUUCCUGGGGGCCUGUUUUUUUUUCCCCCCCCCCACUUCCCUCUUCGCCUUGCUUGUGCCUUGCUCGUGUGGGCUGCUUUGCCUUUCCCUGCCCCCUCCUCUCCGGCCCCUUCCUCUCCGGCCCUCUGCCUCCCCUCCCGCCCGGAGCCCGAGCCAUGCUGCAGCAGCUCCGAGCCGGCGCGCGCCUGCGUCCCGGCCCGCUUUUUGCCCGGCCCCAUGUGCACCAGCCCUCGCUGGCGGCGCGGGCGGUGGGCGCACCGCUGGCGGCUUGGCGGCCGCUGUCCACCGGGCCGGUCAGGCCGGCGGAUGCCCCGGCCGCGGGGCCGACCUAUUGGAGCUCCCUGCCGCGGGACACCGUGCGGCCCUUCCGGCCGCUGUCGGCCCGGUACGAGCCGGCCGAGGUCGAGCGCCACUGGCCCGAGUGGUGGGCCCGACGGAAUGCCCAGCCCCCGGGCGCUCCGGCGGCCAUUGAUGACCCCCGGCCGCGGUUUACCAUGCUGCUGCCGCCGCCGAAUGUCACCGGGGCCCUGCACCUGGGCCACGCCUUGACGGUGGCCGUGCAGGAUGCCCUGGCCCGGCACCGGCGCAUGAGCGGCUUCCGGGUGCACUGGAUCCCGGGCACCGACCAUGCGGGGCUGGCCACCCAGGCGGUGGUGGAGCGACACCUGUCACACCGGCUGCGUGGCGAGCUUUCCCACCGUCGGAAGCAGCCCCCCGCCGGUGGGGGCCGCCCGGCGGUGGACCCGGGCUCCGGGCGCCUGGUUCGCGAGCACCUCGGCCGGGAGGCCUUCCUGGCCGAGGUCCACCAGUGGCGGGAGCUGUAUGGGGCCCGGAUCACCGGGCAGCUGGCCCGGCUCGGGGCCAGCCUCGACUGGCAGCACGAGUACUUCACCCUGGACCCGGGCCGGUCGCGCUAUGUGACCGAGGCCUUUGUCCGCCUGGCCGGCCAGGGGGAGGUGUACCGGGCCGAGCGCCUGGUCCACUGGUCCCCGCGCUUGGGGACGGCCCUCAGCGACCUGGAAGUGGACUCGGUCACGGUGCCCGGGCCGACCGACCUCCCGGUGGCCGGGACCCCUCGCCGAGUGGGCGAGAUGUAUGUGGUGGACUUUCCGCUGGUGGGCUCCGGACCGGAGUCCCGGGCCCUGCCGGUGGCCACCACCCGGCCGGAAACCAUGCUGGCGGACGUGGCGCUGGCCGUGCAUCCGGAAGACCCGCGCUAUCGGGAUCUCAUUGGGCGGCGGGUGUGGCACCCGCUCUUCCCGGCUGGCAGCCGGCAGCUGCCGGUGGUGGCCGAUGCCCAGUUGGUUGACCCGGCCCGGGGCACCGGCGUGGUCAAGCUGACCCCGAUGCAUGAUCCGGCCGAUUGGGAAGCCUGCCGGCGUGUGGGGCUCACCGGCCCGGGCCCGGGGGCCCUCCCCCAGGGGGAGAUCUUCCAGCUGUUCGAUGAGGCCGGUCGAAUGGCCCUGGCCCCGGUCCGGGCGCUGCCGAUGCCCACGCCGGCCGAUGGCCCGGCCCACUGGCCGGCCUUCCUGGCAUGGCUGGACCAGCUCGAGGGCUUGGACCGGCUGGACGCGCGCACGCGCGUGCUUGAUCGCCUUCGCCAGACCGGCCACCCGGUCGAGGUGACGGCCCAUGCGCAGACGCUGGCCGUGUGUUCGCGCACCGGGGACCUGAUCGAGCCGCGCCUGGUGCCGCAGUGGUUCGUCCGGGCGGGGCGCCCUGCCGCGCGGGCUGGCGCCCUGGUCGGCGACGGGUCCCAUGCCGCCUGUGACAUUGGCCUCGGGCGGCCUGGCGCGGAGGCCGCGUCCGUGGCCGCCGCCGGUGCCCGCGGCUCGGUGGCCAUCCAUCCGGAGCGACACCGUGCCACCUGGCGCGGCUGGACUGGCGACGAGUCGGGCGAGCGCAUCCACGACUGGUGUGUCUCGCGGCAGAUCUGGUGGGGCCACCAGGUCCCGGCGUGGCGCAUCCGCCUGGAUGUGUCUCCGACCGCCGGGGCGGCCGAUCGGGCCGGCUCCCCUGGCCCGGGUGGUGAGCCGAAUCCCGCUGUCUCCGGGGCCGGCCCGGUGGCCACGGUCCUCGAAGCGGCCGACGGCCCGUGGGUCGUGGCCACCGACGAGGCAGCGGCCCGGGCGGCGGCCGAGCGGCACUUGGCGGCCACCGGCCGGCCUGGGGUCGACUUCGCCCUCGAGCGCGAUGCCGAUGUCCUGGAUACGUGGUUCUCCUCGGGGUUGCUUCCGGCGUCGGCGGUGGUGCCGGUGCUGGCCGGGCACCCGGCCGACCCGGGCCCCGGGGAGCCACUCCUGUGGGCCCUGCCGCCGGGGCCCGGGGCAGCGGCCUCGGCCCGGCAGCAGGCCCCCAUCCAGGUGAUGGAGACCGGUGCCGACAUCCUCUUCUUCUGGGUGGCGCGCAUGCUGAUGCUGUGCGGGUCGCUCGGGGCGUCGGAGCCCGGGCACCCGGCCACCGGGCGGCCCUUCGAUUCGAUCCUCCUUCAUGGGCUGGUCCGCGACGCGCGCGGGCGCAAAAUGUCCAAGUCCCUGGGCAAUGUGCUGGACCCGCUGUGGUUCAUCCGUGGCGCGGAGCUGGCCGAGCCGCUGGCCGGGCUGGAGGAGGCCCAUGCCCUGUCGGCGGCCGAGCGGGCCCUGGCCGCCGGGGACCUGCGCCGGCGCUUCCCCAAAGGCCUGCCCGCGUGCGGGGCCGAUGCCCUGCGCUUGGGGCUGCUGGGGCUCGGGGCCACCUCCGGGUCGGAUGCCAUUUCCCUGGACCCGGCGGCCGUGACCGAUGCCCGGGCGUGGAUGGCCAAGCUUUGGAGCGCGGCGCGCUUCAUCAGCAUGCGCCCCCUGGAGGCGGCCGAUCUUGAUGCCCUGGGCCCCGGGACGUCGGUCGGCCUGUACGACCGGUGGAUCCUCCAGCGGUGGGCUGGCUGCCUGGCGGCCGUGACCCAGGCCCAGUAUCAGCCCUUCCGCCUGGAGCAGGCGGUCCGUGCCCUGCGGACCUUCCUGCGCGGGGACUUCUGCGACACCUACCUGGAGCUGGUCAAGUCGGCCGAGGCCACCGAUGCCUCGCAGCCGGGAGACCAGGCCGCCGGCCGGCCGGCUGUCGCUCGUAGCCAUCCGGCCCUGGCGCGUGCCCUGCUCGAGGCGUAUGUCCGCGCGUUGCAUCCCUUCGCCCCCUUCAUCACCGAGGAGCUUUGGCCCCAUCUGGACACCGGGGCCGGGCGCGUGCUGAGCCAGGCGCCGGGGCUGGGCCCGGAGGGGGAGCACCUGCUGGCCGACCCGGCCGGCAGCCUGCCCUCCAUCGGCCAUGCCUCCUUCCCGACGCUGGAGGCCCCGGUGUCGGGGGCGGCCUUCGGAGCGGGGGUGGCCCGGGCGGCGGCCGACGCCGCGGCCGCCUGGCUGGGCGAAUCCCCGGUCGCCGGGGCCGCGGUGACCCCCGAAGCGGCGGCCGUGGAGCUGGCCUGCCGGGUGGUCAGCCAGGCGCGCGCCCUUCGCCGGCAUCUGGGCCUGAGUGCCGGCGACCGUGGCUGCCAGUUUGUCCUCCGCUACGAUGCCAGCAUGGGCCCCACUCUGGAGGGUGCGGACCUGAUCCAGGGGGCCUGGGCCACCCUGCGGGACUUGGACACCGGGCUCCUGGCCGAUGCGAUGCACUGGGGCCGCAUCGGGGAGCUGCUGCUGCAGGAGGCAUGCCCCGUGCCGGCCAAUGCGGUGGCUUCGCUGCCGGUGCAUUUGACCUGGUCCCCGGCGGCCGAUGAGGAUGCUCCCACGGAGGGGGCUUCGGCGGGCCCGGUGGAUGCCGCCCUGGGGGAGCCGGGCGCCGGCGGCCCCCCGGCGCCGCUGUCGCUGCAUCUCCUCCUCGGCCCGGGCCCCUCGCUGGACCAAGCCCUGGAGCAUGUUUCCAAGCAGCGGUCUCGGGCCGAGGCCAAGGCGCAGGGGCUUCGGGAGCGUGUCGCUCGCCAGGCCGGGGUGCUGGCCGCUGCCGCCGGCGCCUCGCCCGAGUCGCAGGCCACCCUGGCGGCCCAGCUGGCCACCGAGCAGGCGAGCCUGGACUCCCUGCUGGCCGAAUGCGCCGAGCUGGACGCCCUGCAUCAGUUGCUCCUCGCGCGGCGGCAGCAGUAGCAGCGUCGCCGUCAUGUCCGCUGUCGGCAUGCUCGUGCUGCCGCCCGUGGCAAAAGCACAAGCAUGUCCCCACUUCUGCACAUGCCACUUUCCCGGCCAUCAUGCCGUGGAGAGGCAUGUCCCCCGCCAUGCGUGACCCCCCCCCCCC